CAGACCUAGUAUUUGCUACAACCAGAGACUGAAAUGGUAUGACUGGAGCUUUAAAUAAUUCGGCUUUGGCAGCUUCAUCAUUUUCUGAGAACUUGGAACGGAAUUUGGGGUCUGCUUCUGCACUAUCCUAGGUUAUAAUGCCAUCCUUGCCUAAUGAGGGAGAUAACCAUGGAACUGCUCCUCUGACUUUGAGUUCGGAACUACCCUAUCAAAGCACAAUUAAAAGAAAAGUCAGAAAGAAGAAGAAUGGAGUCAUCACUGCAAAUGUUGCUGGCACAAAAUAUGAAAUUGUACGUGUAGUAAUACGAGAAAUGGGAUUUGUGAAAACACGCGAUGAAGAUGAAACAGCUAAUCUUAUAUGGAGUGAUUCUGCUGUGCAACAAGAAAAGAUUGCUGAACUUCGGAACUAUCAGAGAAUCAACCAUUUUCCAGGAAUGGGCGAGAUCUGUAGAAAGGAUUUUCUGGCAAGAAACAUGACUAAAAUGAUCAAGAGUCAGCCUCAGGAGUAUAGUUUUAUUCCUCGAACAUGGAUCUUCCCUGCAGAAUACACACAGUUUCAAAACUAUGUAAAAGAACUGAAGAAGAAACGAAGACAGAAAACUUUCAUAGUCAAACCAGCUAACGGUGCAAUGGGACAUGGGAUCUCUUUAAUAAGAAAUGGAGAAAAGUUACAAGCUCAGGAUCACUUGAUUGUUCAGGAAUAUCUUGACAAACCAUUUCUUAUGGAAGGCUACAAGUUCGAUUUACGUGUGUAUAUUCUUGUAACCUCCUGUGAUCCUUUGAAAGUAUUUUUAUAUCAUGAUGGACUGGUGAGAAUGGGCACGGAAAAGUAUCAUCCCCCCAGUGACUCAAAUUUGAGUCAAUUGUAUAUGCAUCUGACUAACUACUCUGUCAAUAAACAUAAUGAACACUUUGAACGGGAUGAAACAGAAGACAAAGGAAGCAAACGCUCCAUAAAAUGGUUUACUGAGUUUCUGGAAACAAAUAAUCUAGAUGUCUCCAAAUUCUGGAGUGAUAUUUCGGAGUUAGUAGUGAAGACUCUCAUAGUUGCAGAGCCACAUGUUCUUCAUGCUUAUCGCAUGUGCAGGCCAGGGCAAGCACCAGGAAGUGACAGCGUCUGCUUUGAAGUCCUGGGAUUUGAUAUUCUGCUGGACAGAAAGCUAAAACCAUGGCUUCUAGAGAUUAAUCGUGCCCCAAGCUUUGGAACUGAUCAAAAAAUAGACUAUGAUGUGAAAAAGGGUGUUCUGCUAAAUGCAUUAAAGCUUCUCAACAUACGGACAAGCGAUAAAAGGAGAAAUUUAGCUCAACAGAAGGCCGAGGCUCAAAAAAGACUGUAUGGUCAAGGUUCAAUGAAAAAACUGUUGCCAGGUUCCUCAGACUGGGAGAAACAGCGCCAUACACUGGAAAGGAGAAAAGAAGAACUGAAGGAAAGACUUGCACAAGUACGUAAACAAAUUUCCAAAGAGGAGCAUGAAAACAGACACAUGGGGAACUACAGGCGAAUUUACCCUCCUGAUGAUAAGACAUUACUGGAAAAGUAUGAGAGUUUGUUAGCCACUGCUUUCCAGACGUUUCUUGCUGGGAGAGCAGCUUCACUUCAGAGGGAAAUGAAUAACCCUUUAAAAAGAAUGAAGGAGGAGGACAUUUUGGAUCUUCUGGAGCAGUGUGAAAUAGAUGAUGAAAAACUAAUGGGAAAAUGCACCAGGCAGCGUGGGCCUAAGCCGUUGUGUUCAAUGCCUGAAAGUGCACAGUCCUUAAGAAAACUUAAGAACUAUGCUAGUGAUAGUAGCUGUGAUAGCGGUAGUAGUAUGUCAGAAUCGGGAGAAGAAACUGAAAAGGAAGAUCACAAAGAAAAAAAAGAGAAAAAAGUUUCAUAUGAUCUUGAAGAAAAUAAAUGCAAAUCUUUGGAACGAUCAGGUAGGUGAGAUUAUCACUUUUCCAA